AUGAAGAUUUCGAUUCUUUUGUUCUUUUGCCUUUUACAUCUUGCUUAUGGUAAACUAGUUACUAAACCUCGCGUUUGUCGGAAUUGUACAGGAAAAAUUCAUACGAAAAGAGAAUUAGAAUUGGCUAAAUUACCGUUAGUUAUCGACAAUUCGCAAAUUUGUACACGUGGAAAGCGGUAUCAAUUCGUUAUUAUCAUCAAAUCUGGAAGUUUUAUCAAACGGAAUUUCACUCGAUCGACAUGGGCGAAAGAAAUGAAAGAAAACUUCAAUAUCCCUGUUCUCUACGCCAUUGGUUCUCCGAAUAACAAGUCAAUUCAACAAGAUAUUGUACUUGAAGAGCAACAAUAUCAUGAUUUGUUACAGUUCGAUUUUCUCGAUAGUUAUUUCAAUUUGACGAUUAAAACUACCAGUGUCUUGGUUUGGUAUGAUCAGCAUUGUUCGAACAAUAGCGAUUAUUUGUUCUAUGUCGACGAUGAUCUACUCAUAUCUGCUGAAAAAUUUGUUUUGUAUAUGAUGCGAAUGAAUUAUUCGGAUACUCUCGAAGGUUGGUUUGAGAGCUCGGGUAAAAUUCUACGGACAGGCAUUGGUGGUGUUACAAAAGAAAAUUUCCCUAUUGAUAUCGUACCGGAUUAUCUCUGGGGCGCAGCUGUACUAUACCCGUCGAAUAUCAUAUCGAAUAAAUUGAUUAAAGCGAUAUAUAGUACGAAAUUGCCGAUAUUUUUCCGUGAUGAUGUCUUUAUCAAUGGUUUUGUGGCGGAUGAAGCGAAAAUCAAACGACAGCAGAUGCAAGGUUUGGUAUUAUAUGAUCGAACAGAGGAUCGUGUGAAAGACAAUAUGAUUGUCAUUGAUUUUACGACAGAAGAACAUCGACAUCGGGCGUGGAAUUGUUUGAAAUAUAACGAACAAUGUAAUCAGAAUUUAUUAUUAACAUUAUUCAAGAUUAUCUCAGGAUGCAUAUUGACCGCAAUAAUUCUUGUCUAUUGUUAUAAAAUUUUCAAAUCAAUCGAAUUGUUUCAAGUAUUAACUAAUCAUUCAUAUGUGAUAUUCUAUGAAAUGAAGGCGUUAUGUCAAGACAAUAUAAACACGAUUAUGAUACUGAGGAGAAGAUAUUGCCCGACGAUAAAAUGUCGAAAGAUAAAGUUUGCUAUUUAUUUGAUAGUGCAUUCGAAACGAACUUACGUUCGGCUAGGCUUCUUUCUUAUGAUUGUAUUAGUUUUGUGUUAUCUUUUUUAA